AUGGCCGCACCCGGACCCCACACCUUGCGGGCUGCGCUCUGCGGCGGUUGCUGCUGCCUCCUCCUGUGUGCCCAGCUGGCUGUGGCUGGUAAAGGAGCUCCAGGCUUUGGGCGGGGAGCCCUGAUCCGCCUGAACGUCUGGCCAGCUGCCCAAGGGGGCUGCAAACACGCCGAGCACUGUGAACGUUGUUUGGAGGUGGACAGAGCCCACAACCUCUCGGUUUGCGUCUGGGAGCAGUGUCGGCCAGAGGAGCCAGGGCACUGUGUGGCCCAAGCUGAGGUGGCCAAGGAGGGUUGCUCUGUCUACAACGGCUCAGAGUCAUGCCCAGCUUCCUACCACCCCACCCAUGAACCGAAGUCAAGCACAACAGGGAGCCCCCCAGUCCCUGAAUCUCACAAUCCUGGCUUUGAUGGAGCUAGUUUCAUCGGGGGUGCUGUGCUGGUGCUAAGCCUGCAAGCUAUGGUCUUCUUUGUCUUGCGCUUUCUCAAGGCCAAGGACAGCACUUACCAGACACUGUGA